AUGACAUUUAGUUCGACGAGCAUGAUAGGAGGGGAAGUGAAAGCUGUAAGUGCACCGAGCAUCUCCGAACUACUGAUGGCUGGAGUAAAAAUUGUGUGGGGAUCAAGCACAAGCUUAUUUUCCAUACGAUUUGUGGACAGAAUUCUAGAAAUUCCAAGAUUACUGAUUCACAAUGCCAGUGAGCUUUUGUUUAGACAUAUUGUUGCCUUUGAGCAAUGUCAUGGCUGCUCUUCUUACGUAAACAGUUAUCUUUCCAUCUUGGAUGAUUUUGUGAACGUACCGAUGGAUGUGGAGUUGCUUGUUAAGAAAGGAAGUUUUAUAAAUAUGCUAAGCGACCACAAUGAGGUGUCUACUCUGAUUAACGACCUUGGCAAAGAGGUUGUCAUCUCAGACUUCUAUUUUGGAAGUGUUCGUGAGGAGUUGGACCGCUACUUGAAAAGGCUGUGGAUCAAAUGGAAAUCCACUUUGAAGAGACAUUUUUUCAAUUCUCCUUGGGCAACAAACGAGAUGAUCCCAUUCAUUAUCAUUUUGAUGUUGACUAUCAUCCAAACGGUCUACUCAAUCAUUAAAUAG